GCCCAGAAGCAGCCGAGAGAAACCAGCCUGGAUGGGGUCAGCCUGCCGGCAGCUCUGAAACUCACUGCUCUGGUCACUUUCCCUUUGCCCCCUUGGGAGGCGCUGAGCAGCAGCAGAGGCCCCGGAUCCAUGUCUGCAGGCUCAGGAAGGCAGCACAGCGAGCUGUUUCAGACGCUAGCGGUGGAAACCUGCGUGGGUUCCUGGUUCAGGGUCCUCCCCGACCAGGCCCCGAUUCCCCACGGCGAGGGGAUAAUUCCUGCUUUGAUCUCUCUGGUUUGUUCCCUUUUCCAAGCAGGGACGGCUCGGGUCUGAAUCCCUCUCUCUGUCCCACGGGGGCUCCAGGCGGUUCACAGACAGACCUGGGACCGAGCCGAGAACUUUACUUCACCAGAGAAGGGAAAUACCCAUCUCCCCUGGGACAACCACGAAAUAUGGAGAAAACGACUGCCCAGUAGGGAGUAAAUGAGGACUGGAAACGCGGAGGCUGUGCAGAGCGCACGGCAGGGCCGUAAGCCCGGGGUUACCCUGUGGCUGUACAAUAAACCCCCAAGCAGAAUGAAAAUACAGCUCAGCGGUUAAUAAACCCUGCUGGGGGGUGGGGGUGAUUUUCCGCCCCGCGAUAACACUGACCACGAUCCUUCCCCCGCAGGUGAUGGGCCGGCAAGCAAGGCCGAGGAGGGGGAUCCCCAGCCGGAAAGGCACGUGCAAGCGGGACCACUCAGGAUCGUACCGGGACAGCCCCAGGAGAGUGAUCCGCCCAGCCCGGGUGCCUGCGAGAGCCAGCGGGAAAACCCUCCUGGGGAGAGAGACGCAGACCCGGCUCCCCGCGGGGUGAGCGAGGGGCUGAACGAAUCCACGAUCCAGGCGGUGGGGAUGCCCCGUGGCUCUGUCCUGGCUCCCCACGGGGCAGGCGAGGGGCUGAAUGAAUCCACGAUCCAGGCAGUGGGGACGCCCCGCGGCUCUGUCCCAGCUCCCCACAGGGCAGGCGACGAGGGGAUGAACGAAUCCAUGAUCCGGGCGGCGGGGACGCCCCACAGCUCUGUCCUGGCUCCCCAUGGGGCAGGCGAGGGACUGAAUGAAUCCACGAUCCAGGCGGCGGGGACGCCCCACAGCUCUGUCCCGGCUCCCCACGGGGCAGGCGAGGGGCUGAACGAAUCCACGAUCCGGGCGGUGGGGACGCCCCACAGCUCUGUCCCGGCUCCCCGCAGGGCAGGCGACGAGGGGAUGAACGAAUCCACGAUCCGGGCGGCGGGGACGCCCCACAGCUCUCUCCCGGCUCCCCGCAGGGCAGGCGACGAGGGGAUGAACGAAUCCACGAUCCAGGCGGCGGGGACGCCCCACAGCUCUGUCCCGGCUCCCUGCGGGGCAGACGAGGGACUGAACGAAUCCACGAUCCAGGCGGCGGGGACGGCCCGUGGCUCUGUCCCAGCUCCCCACGGGACAGGUGAGGGGCUGAACGAAUCCACGAUCCGGGCGGUGGGGACGCCCCGUGGCUCUGUCCCGGCUCCCCACGGGGCAGGCGAGGGACUGAAUGAAUCCACAAUCCGCGUGGCAGGGACGCCCCGUGGCUCUGUCCCGGCUCCCCAGCCGGGGAUCGGCGCCCCAGCGAGAGCUCCCGGGCCCCUGGCCCCCGGACGGCAGUACGCCUGCCCCGAGUGCGGCCGGGCCUUCGGGCAGAGCUCCCACCUGACGCAGCACCUGCGCAUCCACACGGGCGAGCGGCCCUACGUCUGCUCCGACUGCGGCCGGGCCUUCAGCGCCAGCUCCAACUUCCUGGCGCACCGGCGCACCCACACGGGCGAGAAGCCCUACGACUGCUCCGUGUGCGGGCGCAGCUUCCGCGCCAGCUCCACGCUGCAGCGGCACCGGCGCCUGCACACCGGCGAGCGCCCCUACCGCUGCGGGCACUGCGGCCGCACCUUCUCCCAGAGCUCCUCGCUGGCCAAGCACCGGCGCCUGCACACCGGCGAGCGGCCCUACCGCUGCGGGCAGUGCGGGGAGGCCUUCGCAGUGCAGUCGGGGCUGGCCGCCCACCGGAGCCGGCACACGGGCGAGCGCCCCUUCGCCUGCCCCGACUGCGGCAAGGGCUUCCGGCGCAGCUCCGACCUGGUGCAGCACCAGCGCGCCCACACCGGGGAGCGGCCCUUCCGCUGCGGCCAGUGCGGCGCCGGCUUCAACCUGGCCUCCACCCUGGUCAACCACCAGCGCAGCCACACCGGCGAGCGGCCCUACCGCUGCCAGCGCUGCGGGGCCAGCUUCGCCCGCAGCUCCACCCUGGCGCGCCACCGGCGGGGCCACGGGCCCGAGGGCGCCGGGCAGGGCAGGCGGCAGGAGGCAGAGCCCGCCCCCCAGCCGGGCCCCCUGAAUCAGGGCUCCUGCCCCCCGCCCAAGCAUGGCCCCCUGGAUCACAGCUCAGAGCCCCUCUCUGGCCAGGACACCCUCACCCAGCAGGGCCCCCUGGGUAACGGCUCAGAGCCCCUCUCUGGCCAGGAUACCCUCACCCAGCAGGGCCCCCUGGGUCACAGCUCAGAUCCUGCCCCCCAGCAGCCCCCCACGGAUCAUGGGUCUGAUCCUACCUCCGACCAGGGUCUCCCCAGCCAGCCCCCCGUGGGUCACAGGUCAGAUCCUGCCCCCCAGCAGCCCCCCAUGGGUCAUGGGUCUGAUCCUGCCUCCGACCAGGGUCUCCCCAGCCAGCCCCCCGUGGGUCACAGGUCAGAUCCUGCCCCCCAGCAGCCCCCCAUGGGUCAUGGGUCUGAUCCUGCCUCCGACCAGGGUCUCCCGAGCCAGCCCCCCGUGGGUCACAGGUCAGAUCCUGCCCCCCAGCAGAACCCCCUGAGUCAGGGCACCAUAGAUCAGGGCCCGGCCCCCCAGCCUGGCACUAUGGGUCAUGGGUCAGAUCCUGCCCCCCAGCACGGCCCCCCAGCUCGGCCCCCCGCCCCCCAGCCGGGCGAGCGCCCCUACCCGUGCCUGGUGUGCGGGAAGCGGUUCUCCCGCAGCUCCAACCUGGUGGCCCACCAGCGGAUCCACGCGGGCGACAAGCCGUUCCGGUGCCCGGAGUGCGGGCGCGGCUUCCUGCGGGGCUCCAACCUGCGGACGCACCGGCGGCUGCACACGGGCGAGCGCCCCUACCCCUGCCCCGAGUGCGGCAAGCGCUUCGGCGACACCUCUGUGCUGGUCAAGCACCAGCGCAUCCACACGGGCGAGCGCCCCCACCGCUGCCCCGACUGCCCGCGCCGCUUCAGCCAGGCCUCGGACCUGGUGGCCCACCGGCGGGUGCACACGGGCGAGAAGCCCUACGUCUGCGCCGAGUGCGGGCGCGGCUUCAGCCGCAGCUCCAACCUGCUGACGCACCGGCGGCUGCACCGCGGCGAGCGCCCCUACCCCUGCCCCCAGUGCGGCAAGAGCUUCGGCCAGAGCUCCGACCUGCUGCAGCACCAGCGCACCCACACCGGCGAGCGCCCCUUCGCCUGCGCCCAGUGCGGCAAGGCCUUCAGCAAGGGCUCGACCCUCACCGGGCACCAGCGCAUCCACACGGGCGAGCGGCCCUUCGCCUGCCCGGCCUGCUGCAAGCGCUUCCGCCACAGCUCCCACCUCACCGCCCACCUGCGGGUGCACGCCCGGGAGCGGCCGCUGUGAGCCGGAGACCCCCGGCCCUGCCCCCCGGUCCUACUGUGCACGCCCGGGAGCGGCCGCUGUGAGCCGGAGACCCCCGGCCCUGCCCCCCGGUCCUACUGUGCACGCCCGGGAGCGGCCGCUGUGAGCCAGAGAGAUCCCCGGCCCUACUCCCCGGCUCUCACCACGCUACCCACCUCUAUGCACGCCCGGGAGCAGCCGCUGUGAGCCGGAGAGAUCCCCGGUCCUACUGUGCACACCCGGGAGCGGCCGCUGUGAGCCGGAGACCUCCGGCCCUACCCCCCGGUCCUACUGUGCACGCCUGGUCCGGCCCUGCCCCCUGGCUCCCACUGCACCGCCCGCCUCUGUGCACGCCCGGGAGCGGCCGCUGUGAGCCGGAGAGAUCCCCGGCUCUACUCCCCGGCUCCCACCAUACUACCCACCUCUAUGCACGCCCGGGAGCGGCCGCUGUGAGCCGGAGACCCCCGGCCCUGCUCCCCGGUCCUACUGUGCACGCCCGGGAGCGGCCGCUGUGAGCCGGAGACCCCCGGCCCUGCCUCCUGGUCCUACCCGACCGCCCACCUCUGUGCACGCCUGGGAGCGGCCGCUGUGAGCCGGAGAGAUCCCCGGCCCUGCCCCCCUGGUCCUACCCGACCGCCCGCCUCUGUGCACGCCCGGGAGCGGCCGCUGUGAGCCGGAGACCCCCGGCCCUGCCCCCUGGUCCUACUGUGCACACCUGGGAGCGGCCGCUGUGAGCCGGAAAGACCUCCGGCCCUGCCCCCCUGGUCCUACUGUGCACGCCUGGUCCGGCCCUGCCCCCUGGCUCCCACUGCACCGCCCGCCUCUGUGCACGCCCGGGAGCAGCCACUGUGAGCCGGAGACCCCCGGCCCUGCCCCCCUGGUCCUACUGUGCACGCCCGGGAGCAGCCACUGUGAGCCGGAGACCCCCGGCCCUGCCCCCCUGGUCCUACCCGACCGCCCACCUCUGUGCACGCCUGGGAGCGGCCGCUGUGAGCCGGAGAGAUCCCCGGCCCUACUCCCCGGCUCCCACCACACUACCCACCUCUAUGCACACCCGGGAGCAGCUGCUGUGAGCUGGCGGAGCCCUGGGGGGUGCCAUGUACUGCCCCACAGCCACAUCAGAGGGCGCAUGCCCAGGAGAGGUAGCCCUGAGACACGCCCCCCCACAGCUCUGUGACGGGAGUGUGGGCUGGUGGGUUAGAGCCAGGGGCGGGAGGCUGGGAGCCAGGACUCCUGGGUUCUCUCCCUGGCUCUGUUUUACAUUCUCCAAUCCUGGCUCUUGGCACUGAUUUCCCUGAGGACCUGACCCCGGGCUUUGUCCCUGUGGGGGCUGCCCCCCAGUUUUGCCUUGGCUGGCUAGGGCUGCUUUUAGAGGUCAUAGGCUCCAGGCUGGAGGCGGACGUGGGCGCUACAGGCCCAGGGCAGGGCCCUGCUCCCAGAGUCAGGGUAUUACAGCAGAGUCUCAGCUUGCAUUUAACAAAUGCUGUCAGCUCUCUUGGAUGUGGAGAAAUGCACCAAAACGUGACCCUGCCACCUGCCUGAAUGUGCCGAGAGCCUGAACCCGGUGCCGCGAGGGGCAGCUGCCCUGAGUGUGCCGAGAGCCUGAACCCGGUGCCGCGAGGGGGCGGCUGCCCUGAGUGUGCCGAGAGCCUGAACCCGGUGCCGCGAGGGGGCGGCUACCCUGAGUGUGCCGAGAGCCUGAACCCGGUGCCGCGAGGGGCGGCUGCCCUGAGUGUGCCGAGAGCCUGAACCCGGUGCCGCGAGGGGGCGGCGGCCCUGAGUGUGCCGAGAGCCUGAACCCGGUGCCGCGAGGGGCGGCGGCCCUGAGUGUGCCGAGAGCCUGAACCUGGUGCCGCGAGGGGCGGCUGCCCUGAGUGUGCUGGGAGCCUGAACCCGGUGCCGCGAGGGGCGGCUGCCCUGAGUGUGCCGAGAGCCUGAACCUGGUGCCGCGAGGGGCGGCUGCCCUGAGUGUGCCGAGAGCCUGAACCUGGUGCCGCGAGGGGCGGCUGCCCUGAGUGUGCCGGGAGCCUGAACCCGGUGCCGCGAGGGGCGGCUGCCCUGAGUGUGCCGAGAGCCUGAACCCGGUGCCGCGAGGGGGCGGAGCCUGAACCCGGUGCCGCGAGGGGGCGGCUGCCCUGAGUGUGCCAGACGCAGUGACACUGCUUGAGUCUGCACAGAGCCUGCGCCUGUCCCAGCGAGGGGGGGGGGAUCUCCUCCUGCCCCACUGCGUGGGGCACCCAGCGGACGGGAAGUGGCAGGAACACACGGCUUCCCUGUUCCCCUGGGGUGACGCGGGGGAGGUCCCGGGGUGUGGGGCGGGGGCCGGUCAGCGCUCGGCUGUGCCCAAUGAUUCACAGAGAGCGGCUGAGUGUGCACAGGCCCCUGUGUGGCGAUUCGGGCCCAGCCCCACGGCGGCUCGUUCCCCACCGGGGAGUCCACGCAAAGGGGGUUUCCAGCAGAGGGGGGGGAUUCUGUUGAUUUCCCCCCUUGUGUAAAUAAAUGUGAUGUGCAGAAUUCA